AUGGAGACCGGGGUCUCGGUUCGUAGCUUGUGCGACAUUGGGAGCCAAGGACUCAAGGACGCGCAAGGUCGCCCUGGUCCAUCUCGAGACCUCUUCCCCUCGGGUUUCCAGUCAAUCUUUCACCUACACCACUGCCAUAAUGCCUACUUUUUUGGUAAAUCAAUUCCUCCAAGGGUGGAGGAUCAUCCCGCCCUUAGGACUUCUAGUGAUCAACAACCACCGCCCAAAGAAAGUCCUAAGCCUUCAAGCGAGAAGGAAAGCACAAUGCCCGAUGAGCAAUUCAGAAACAUUGCUGGUCUUGAUACGGACAAGGAGACCACGAGUCACAGCAAUAGCAAUGCCAAUAGUGACCCUUCGCCUGAGGCGGUGCCCAAUGAAGAUACCAACAAAGAGCCAGUGCUCCGCGGCGACGAGGAAAAGGAGGUCUCGAAUGCAGAGAGCAAUACGAGCGGUGAGGCUGAUGCAGAUCCCAAGGAUGUGGAUGACAAAGAAUAUCCUUCCGGCUUCAAACUCCUUCUUAUUACUAUCGCAUUGUGUCUCUGCGUGUUCUGUGUGGCACUAGACAACACAAUUAUCGCAACGGCCAUUCCCAAAAUCACGGACCAGUUCAAUUCUCUGGAUGAUGUGGGUUGGUAUGGUAGUUCCUAUCUGUUGACUACGUGCGCCGUGACUUUGAUAUUUGGCAAAUUCUACACUUUUUAUUCGAUCAAAUGGAUCUAUCUGCUGGCUCUGUCGAUUUUCGAAAUUGGUUCUCUAAUCUGCGCUACAACUCCCACGUCCGUUGGUCUGAUUGUUGGUCGUGCCAUUGCUGGUCUGGGAGCGGCUGGUCUCUUCUCCGGCUCUAUGCUCAUCAUUCACCAAAGUGUGCCGCUUGUCAAGAGGCCUAUAUACACUGGUCUUGUCGGCUCCAUGUUCGGUAUUGCUAGUGUCGGGGGUCCGCUCAUGGGAGGUGCUUUCACCGACCGCCUGACCUGGCGCUGGUGCUUCUACAUUAACCUGCCUGUUGGUGCAGUAACUUUCCUUUUCAUUGUGUGCUUCUUCAAGGCCACUCCACCUCUCAUCGGUAAGGGCGAUCGAACCUGGAAGCAGCAAAUUGCCGAGUUUGAUCUCCUUGGUUCGCUGUUCUUCCUCCCUGCCAUCAUCGCUCUUCUAUUGGCGUUGCAAUGGGGCGGUACCACCUACGCAUGGGGCAGUGCGCGUAUCAUCGCACUCUUCGUCGUCUUUGGUGUGCUUAUCAUCAUCUUUGUCGGUCUUCAAUGGUGGGGUCAGGACCGCGCCACUAUUCCUCCUCGCCUGAUCAAGAACCGUAAUAUCUGGGGUACGGCCUGGUAUGCGCUGGCCAUUGGUGCCGCAUACUUCGUCAUGAUCUAUUAUCUCCCAAUCUGGUUCCAGUCUGUCAAAGGCGCCUCCGCCAUCAAGUCCGGCAUCAUGAACCUGCCCUUGAUUAUCUCCGUCGUCGUUCUCGGCAUCCUCGCCGGUGGGCUGGUCACUGCCUGUGGCUACUACACUCCUUUCAUGAUCGCAUCGUCUAUCAUUAUGACUAUCGGUGCAGGGCUCCUAUCCACCCUCGAGGUGGACUCCGGCCACCCCAAGUGGAUUGGAUACCAGGUCGUGUUCGGUGUCGGCCUAGGCAUGGGUAUGCAAAUGCCAAUGAUUGUCAUACAGACGGCACUCAAGACCGAGGACAUCCCCAGCGGUACUGCUAUGGUCAUGUUCGCUCAGACCCUGGGUGGCGCUAUCUUCGUCUCUGUUGGCCAAAAUGUCUUCCAGAACCAGCUUGUUCACAACAUCCAGACCUAUGCUCCUGGUGCUGACGCUUCUAAGAUCGUUGGUGCCGGUGCCACUAUGCUGCGCAGCAUUCUGCCCGGUCCUGCUUUGCAACCCGUCCUGUUGGCAUACAACAAUGCGGUUACGCAAACUUUCUACGUUGCCGUCGCCAUGGGCGCCCUGUCACUGAUCGGCCCCAUAUUCGUUGAGUGGCUUUCCGUCAAGGGUAAGAAGAUUGAAGUGGCUCCGGCUUAG